AUGAAUUCAAACAAGUUCCCAUCAUUAGGAUACAGCAACCGGCUGAGAAGCCAAACUCCUUAUAAGGACCCCCCCCCUCAUUUGUCCGAUUUUCUAGUCUUUUAUCAUUUGUCCAUUUUUCUAGUUUUUUUUAUAGGAAAAAAAAAUUUUUUUAGGACCUCAUUUGUCCAAUUUUCUAGUCAAAAUUUUGAUAGAGAAAAAAAAUUUUCAGGGCCUCAAUUGUCUCAUUUUCUAGUUUUUUUAAAGUAAAAAACUAGAAUUUAGGGCAUUCGAAAAAAUCCAAAAAAGACUAGAAAAUUGGACAAAUCAUUUUUGACUAGAUUUUGGGACAUAUGAGGUCCUGAAAAAAAAAAAAUUCUUAUAAAAAAAGACUAGAAAAUUCGACAAAUGAGGGGGGGUCCUUACACAAGCUACAUACACAGAAAUUCUUGAAGAUCUUGAAAUGCUAAAUUGGCAUAAACCAGCAUCUUCACAAAAUGAGAUUCAUUUCCCUCCAAAAAUUUUGAAAAAAAGAAAGCGGACAGUCAAUAAAAUAGAAAAUCUUGAUGAAGAUUUGGCAAUUGAAAGCUUGAUAUAUAGGCUUAUAGGCUUUGGCUGUGUUUUUAAAUUAUAGAUUUUGCAUAAAAAUUUAUGGACUAGGGUGAGCUAUAAGCGAUCCUAGGCUAUAUCUUUGAUGAUGACAAAAAAGCCUGCCCUUAAAAAAUUUUCUGUUAAAAAAAUUGUUAAAAAAUGCGUAUCAUUUGAAAUUCUUCAAGAAAAUGUGGACCCAGUUAGGAAGGUUCAAGUUGUUUCAGAAAGUAAAAUAAUGCAAAAAAUGACAAAUCAAUGGGUUUCUCCUUAUUUUGUGAAUUUUAGCUUUCCGAAAAGUGCGUUUGUAUUGCCGACAGCGAAGGAAUGGAAAAGUUUGGGGUUUCCUUAUCAGGAUUCUGAGGCGAAGAUAAGAAAAUUACCGCUUGAGGAUGGGAAAAUUCUUCAAAAUAAGGUGUCGUUUUAUCAAAACGUAGGAGAAAGAUUAGACUUGAUUUCGCAAAAGAUUACUUAA